AAGGGAAAGGAAGGGAAGGGAGCUGCGGCGCUCGGAGACCCGCCGGAGCCCAAAGUUUCCGCGCAGCCCUUGGGCAGCGGCGGCGGCGGGGCGUCCGGGACCGUCCUGCGUGCCGUCUUCGCCCCGCGGAGGGAACCCCGCGCCCGCUGCAGGCUUCGCUGAGUGUAGCGAGCGGCCACGCGGAGGCGGCGAGGAGCGGCCCCGCGGCAGCUUUGGAGCUGACUGUGAUGGUGAGUGGGAGGAGACAGCCACGUGACUAGCAGGGUCCUCACCUUGCUCCUCACCUCCAUCCUUAGUGAAGUCUGGGUGGCCGUCUCAGCAGACAAAGCUGCUGAGCUGCCUGCCGACAGGUGACCAACCAAGCGAUUGGAUACUCCCAAGUGUGUGAAGCUCUGUGGUUAGUUACCUUGUGGCUGUGUCACCAUUGGACAAAGUGGACAAGGUACCUCCCCAUCCACAAGACCUGUCAGGGUCUGGAUUCCCAGCACAGUCUAACCGACUAGCAAGCCAUCCAGAGGAUGACGUGGACCUGGAAACGCUGGUGAAUGACAUGAACGCAUCCUUGGAGAGCCUUUACUCAGCCUGCAACAUGCAGUCAGACACGGUGCCCCUCCUGCAGAACGGCCAGCACCCCCAGCACCCCCAGCACCCCCGCAGCCAGCCUACGGCCUCUGGCCCACGGCCCCUGCAACCUCAAGUGUCUCCUAGGCAGCGUGUGCAACGCUCCCAGCCUGUGCACAUCCUUGCUGUCAGGUCAAAGAUGAAACUCGUUCCUUUAGGGCGCCUUCAGGAGGAAGACCAGCAGUUUAGGACCUCGUCCCUGCCAGCCAUCCCCAACCCGUUCCCCGAGCUCUGUGGCCCUGGGAGCCCCCCUGUGCUGACACCAGGCUCCUUCCCUCCGAGCCAGGCUGCCCCAAAGCAGGAUGUUAAAGUCUUCAGUGAAGAUGGGACAAGCAAAGUGGUGGAGAUUCUAGCAGACAUGACAGCCAGGGACCUAUGCCAGUUGCUGGUUUACAAAAGUCAUUGUGUGGAUGACAACAGCUGGACACUGGUGGAGCAUCACCCACAUCUUGGAUUAGAGAGGUGCUUGGAAGACCAUGAACUGGUGGUCCAGGUGGAGGGAACCAUGGCAAGUGAAAGCAAAUUUUUAUUCAGGAAGAAUUAUGCGAAGUAUGAGUUCUUUAAGAAUCCAAUGAACUUCUUCCCGGAACAAAUGGUGACUUGGUGCCACCAGUCUAAUGGCAGUCAAACCCAGCUUUUGCAGAAUUUCCUGAACUCCAGCAGCUGUCCUGAAAUUCAAGGGUUUUUGCAUGUGAAGGAGCUGGGAAGAAAGUCAUGGAAGAAGUUGUAUGUGUGUUUGCGGAGAUCUGGCCUUUAUUGCUCCACCAAGGGAACUUCAAAGGAGCCCAGACACCUGCAGCUGCUGGCUGAUCUGGAGGACAGCAAUGUGUUCUCCCUGAUCGCGGGGAAGAAGCAGUACAGUGCUCCCACGGACCACGGGCUCUGCAUCAAGCCAAACAAAGUCAGAAAUGAAACUAAAGAGCUGAGGCUGCUCUGUGCUGAAGACGAGCAAAGCCGGGCCUGCUGGAUGACAGCGUUCAGACUCCUCAAGUAUGGAAUGCUUCUGUACCAGAACUACCGCAUCCCACAACAGAGAAAAGCCUUGCUGUCUCCCUUCUCCACACCCGUGCGCAGUGUCUCUGAGAACUCCCUUGUGGCGAUGGACUUCUCUGGGCAAACAGGAAGAGUGAUAGAGAAUCCGGCUGAAGCCCAGAGUGCCGCCCUGGAAGAGGGCCAUGCCUGGCGGAAGCGAAGUAUGCGGAUGAAUAUCCUGGGUAGCCAAAGUCCCCUCCACCCUUCCACCCUAAGUACAGUGAUUCACAGGACUCAGCACUGGUUUCAUGGCCGGAUCACCAGAGAAGAAUCGCACAGGCUCAUCAAACAGCAAGGCCUUGUAGACGGGCUCUUCCUCCUCCGUGACAGCCAGAGUAAUCCAAAGGCAUUUGUACUCACACUGUGUCAUCACCAGAAAAUUAAAAAUUUCCAGAUCUUACCUUGCGAGGACGAUGGACAGACGUUUUUCAGCCUGGACGACGGGAACACCAAGUUCUCUGACCUGAUCCAGCUGGUUGACUUUUACCAGCUCAACAAAGGAGUCCUGCCUUGCAAACUGAAGCACCACUGCACCCGAGUGGCCUUAUGACCUCACAGGUCCUCUCGGUUGAGGCUGGAGGAAGCGAACACUGGAAUGAAGACAAGAACACACAUCUAUUCCGCACCCUGGGACUCAGAAACAUGGGUUCAUUUGGUGCCAACCGACCAAGAUCGACUAGUUUGUUGGACUUUGUGAUGAUUUGCUGCUGUGUAUUCCAAAAAGAUCACCUCCCUCUGCAUCAGCCAAAUUAGGGAGGGAUGAGAGAUCGGCACAAGUGUGAGAAUAAACUGGAAUGACCAUCUUGGCUAGGCCACUUAACUUACGAAUGAGAACCGGAGAGAAGUGAUUUCGAAGUGAACUCUUGCCCUGGAAUAAUCUUGACAAUUAAAACUGAUAUGUUUACUUUUUUUGUAUUGAUCACUUUUUGCACUCCUCCUUCGUUAUCAAUAUUGUAUUUCAGCCUGUGGUAGGUGGGGUUGUGGCUUUGCAACUUUUAAUGAGACAGAAAAAGUUUGGAAUUGGCAGACUUCAGCCAAAAAAAAAAAAGUGGGUUCCCAAAGGUUUUUUCCAAGGGUACCCCGUACCUGCUGAGGUUGCCACAGUGUGGAUUUGGCUACCAAAUUAUAGACCACCCCCAGCCCUUCCCAGUAUACUUGAAAAGCUUUUUUUUUAAAAAAAAUUAAAUAAAAGGUGUCAACUGUGGUCAGCAUCUGACACGUUUUGCAGACUCAGGCUCCCACAGUCUGUCAAUCAUGGCUCUAGCACAGGUAUCUGGUCCUUUAGUUAUUAGUGUGUCUAGUGCAGGGGGCUUUAUUACUUGGGAAAAUUCACUGUUCCCCAGCAAAUACCACAUGGCUGAAUGGCUGAUUGACCUUGCCUCUAGACUGGUAUAAGCCAGACACCUCGGGACACUCUUGUGCCCACCAUCCACAGACAGUGGAUGCCAUGUUGUCUACUGGGCACCCUCAGCCUAGCAUUUCCACAGCCACAGCUGUGCUAGAAUGACCCCUGCCUUACCCUCUGCAGUGGCCUGAGCCAUUUCAUGACUGAUCUCCCUCGAGGAAUUAGUGGAUCUAAAAAGAAAAUGGCACCUGCCUGGCUUUGUGUCACUGUGGGUUUCCAUGGUGGUAAAGACAAGGAAACACUGCAGAGGCCAGUAUUUACAGGUCCUUGUUUGACAACCUCCAGUGUCCUGCUGAAACCUCCAUAAGCCAGCAGAUGGAAGGUGUCCAGCAGCAGCAUCUCUGCUGGCCCUGGUUAUGGACACUGGGGAGUUUAAUGAUGUGACAUUUGCAUCCCGCUCUGGGAAAUGAAUCAGACGCUGGCUUGAGUUGUCACUGGGUCCCGUGGCCCCACGGUGGACCCUUUGCUGUGUGCCCUUAGUUGUCAGGCAUGAGGGUGGCCAUUAUCUUAAGGCUUGACCCUUGCAAUGCAGACAGCACUUGCUUGACAAGUAUACAGAUGACUGUGGCGAGCAAAAGGCUUUUCCUUUCCGACACAGCACCUGACUGUCCCCCUUGAACCUGGGCUAGCCACUGGAUUGUCCGAAUGCAGCCCGCUGAAGUGCUCCCUAAGAAACUGGGAGGGACACAUGCGUAGUUCAAGACAGAUGUGUGAUACACUUCAGUAAGGCCGAUGAGCCUCAAGUGAGUCUAUGGUAUAGAAACACUGUAUUUUAGUUUACAGACUACACUCUGGUUGUUUUCCAUGAAAUACCUACUUCCACAAAUGAAGAGUUUUUUUUGUUUUGUUUUGUUUUUAGUAAAAACAUGUUCUUGACCAUAAAUGCAUCUUUUUCUCUCCCGGCCAGUUUAAUCAAUCAAGCCAUUGACAGUAAGGUUAAUUCUCAAGUUCAUGUCUGGCAGCACGCUUCACCGGUCUUCGCAUUAGGGAUGGAUACUUCAUUUUUACCAUUAUACCUUUUUUCUCUUUACUGGUUUUAGGUAACACCUUUCAAAAGAGAAGGAGAAAAAAAAAAAGCAACAAUCCUAAGAUUUCUUUUUUGUUUCUGUAGACCAGUUCCCACAGUGCACCCCUCUCUCACGGCUCUGCAGUAGACAGCUAGGAUGUGCAGUAUUUCAUAUUUAUAAGUAUGCAUUUUAUUUAAGAGGAGAAUAAAAAGGCUUGACUGAUUCACAAUUUUGUAUGUAGCUGGUUUGACGUAGUCUUUUGUAUUUCCCAAGCCGAAGUGGAUUGUUGGAGUCUGUAACCCUCCUUCCUGCAGGAAGCUGGGAAUUCCAUCUGAAACAGCAAAGUCCCUGGGACAGUUGGCAUCCAGCCCCCUUCCAGGGACUGAAGGACAUUUGACUUUUAUUUUUGUAUUUAAUUGACGUGAAUGUAAAGAGGACAGCUCAGGGUUGUUUUGGAGCCUGUUGACUUUUUAAUCUCUGCCUGUGAUUUUUCUUUUCUAAACGAAAACUCCAUGUAGCAACCUGGAUUAAGUCGAGAAGGAGAAAAAAAAAA